ACGAAAGACCUUAAAUCUCAACUUCAAACAGUCAAAACAAAUGACAUAAAGUUAAAUUACUCACCCAAAAGAAUCACAAACAGAAACAGUAAUUCAGCCAGAUCUAUUGCGCAAUAUUUAUUGAAAGAGCCAAAACCUUCCCGGGGAGUCUCAUUUCAAACCCCUCCUCGCCGUACCAAACAAAUCACCACAACCCCUACCUCAGCUUUUCUCUCACAACUACAAAAUUAAAACAAUCACGACCAUAGAGCUUUGCGCCUACCUGGGUAGAUGCGCUAAGCUCGUCUUUUAAACCUUCUUGCUCAUACUUACAUCCUACAGCCUCCAAUACGAAACAUACAACAAGUCCACACCUGCCCACAACCACAACCACAAUCACAACCAACAAACUCUACAACAUCGUCGGGAGCUAAAUAUUGGGAAUCGAGUCAACAAUUCCAUUCACUCAUUACAUACAACCCAAGCAUCAGAAUAGUUCACAAGACGGUUGGAACAACAUAAUAGAAUGGCUCCCAGUAUAGGUGGAGGUCGUCAGUAUACGAGGGACGAGUUGCUAUUUCUGCGAGAUUCACCAUUGGUUGUGAAACCUGCUGGUCUACUGUCUACCGCAGAAUGGAUGGGGUUUGUUACAAGAAGCUCUAGCCAUGAUACUCGGUAUAUUGACAAUUUUCAGACAAACGCCUGAUGCGAAUCGAAACAAUUCUGCCAGGAUAUCUGACAGAACUAGAGAUCGUGAUGCAAAUCCGCUCCUAGAACACACAAACCGAAGAGCAAGAAAUAAUGCAAGUAUGUGUGCCAAUAAUCUAGCGUCUUCGCUUCAAUGCUUGUUCUUUUAUACUGACAUGCGACAGACCCUGAGAAUAUUCAACUUGUGCCCACCAGAACUACCUUUUCGUCUGCCAACCCUGCACGCAAUGCAGUUAAAGGUAUAGAUUCCCCAGAUCGACCUGCCCUCCGCGAGAGCGAGUCACAAAGUAAACUCAGCUAUCGUACCAAGAUCGAUGAUAACGACGAUCGUCCCCGCCGUGACAUGCUGCGACCCAAACCUGGUGAUGGUGUUGACCCUGAGGGUUGGAUGGAGGUAAAGCCUCGAAAGAGUUUUGGUGCCGAAGGAGCUGAGCGUUUUACGGGGCGUAUGGGUGGGGAGAGACAUCGAGACGAGAAACGAUUCAAGGAUCGAGACGAGCGGGAUGCGAAGGAAAGACCGAGAGGAUUUGAAAAUUUCUCCCGUGACAAGGAUAAGAACCAUGAACAGGAGAAUAAUCGCAGAACUGCAAAUGGUAGGGGAAGAACAGAACCUUCCUGGAUUCGAGAAAAUAACGACGGGCCACCGACAUCUCGGGAGCGCAUUGCGAAUGCAGAGAGGUUCGAUAAUCGACAUAAAAGCUGGCGAGAGAAGGAUUUCGAUAACCGCGGGGAUAGAGACAAGGGCGACCGACGCUGGGCAGAUAGGGACAGAGACCAUGACGAUAAUAGUCGCUCUGUUCCGGAGUGGGCAGCAGAAGACAAAAGUAGCCAAAUCUCUCCACGGGAUGACCACCAGAAAUCGCAAACAUCGACUGCUAACAAUAGUCGCAAACAUACAGCAGAGGAUAUGCAGAAAUGGAAAGAGGCAAUGCACUCCAAGAACAAGCCAGGUAUCAGUGAUACAGUAGUGGAAGAAGUCACGCAGCCUAAAGUUGACGAGCAUCCUCCUUUCCCUGACGUACAGAAGCCUAAAAUCCUUGCACCACUUGAUACCGGUACUAAUAAAGAUGAAUUCUUCCGUCUGUGGGCUACGCCAAAGAAUGAUACUGGGCUUGCUUCGCAGUUUGAGGUGGGUACGGAACACAUGGUGAAAUCUGCUGUGUCUGCAGCACCUGGCGGUAAAACUUCUAGGUUCAACAAAUUUUUUCAACAAGAGGAGCCUUCGCGCAAAGUCGAACCACAGACAGCUAUACCAAAACCAUCUUACAGGCUUGAAAGUUUGAACAACAAUGGCCAAUCUCCGACUGACAAGGAAGCAAUGCCAAUGAUACUUGCAAUGCUACAAUCGAGCGGAACUCCCCCCGCGAAUCCCAUGAUGCAGUCCAAACCUCCGUCGCAAGAAAAGCAACCAGGGACGCCUUUCGAAGGUCGCGAUCCAACGCUCCAACACCUCCCAGAUCGUCAUGAUGAGUUGAGAUCGAAUGCACACUCAUAUUCCCACAAUCUACAUGAUCUAAGCGCCCAACGUGAACAGGCAGGUAGCCAACCGACUGUGCGCCCCGAAGAAAUGCUACAUCACUUGGUCAAUCAGCGCCAACAUGCUAACAGCCAAUCCUCUUUCAGGGGUGAACAGCCUCGGUCUGAACAAACUGCAUUUCUCAUGAGUCUGAUGAGAGAUGCACAAGCAGCCCCAGAGCCUCAAAGAACAGAACAGAUUAUUCUUGGUCACCCGCCUAGACAGCAGCCUAGUCGUCAAUUACAACAUCAACAACAACACUUAGAGCGAGAGCAAGAAUUGCAAGCUCUCCGCGAGCGAGGAAAUCCCCAGCGUCGGCCACCUGGAUUUUUUGAUGAACCUAUCUAUCGAGGUGGACCCCCUCCUCAGCAUGACAACCCUCGACCUCAACCUACACACAUUCUUCCCCGGCCACCUCCGGGUCUGGAGCAAUUACAACAAGGUUGGCCAGGACAACCUUCCUCUCAACACCCUCCCCCUCAGCAAUUCCGUCCAACGGCUCCCCCGGGUCUAGCCGGAAACGUCCCACGUCCUAUGCAAAUGCCCCAACAAAUACUGCCGCCGGGUUUUCAGAUGGCUGGCUCAAUGAACAAUUUUCCGCCUCCAGAGGCAUUAGCGGGACCUCGAAAUAUGCCAUUUAACCCUGCCUACUUCAAUGGCCCGCCGCCAGGCUUCCUGCCGCCUGUAAUGUCUCCAUUCUCUACGGAGGGUAUGCCGGCAUUCCCUUUCGAUACUCGUGGGCCACCUCCUCCACAAGGUGCCUACAGGCGCCAGUAAUUCAGACACGGCUAGUGAACGAAAGUCCCAUAAAGCAUAGGUUUUGGGGUGGUGAGCGGCACCGGAAAUGGACGGAUACGAAGGGAUAAGAACGAAUGAUUGUCAAUGGUGGCCGUAAAAGUGUGUUUCUAGUGUAUCUCCUAACUUGAGUAUUGACUACCUGGACAAUCAAUGGAGGGAUAGCAUUGGUAAUUGUUAGUUGGAUGCGUUUAUGCGUUGAGAAGAGCAGUGAACAAACAGGGCGAAUGGUUGGCGUGGAUCGUGUGCUCUGGUUUAUUGCUCGAUACCAAGGUCCCCUCAUAUUAGCUAGCGAUCUAUGUGGAGAGGAUUUACUCUCGCGUGGGUGACAAUUUCAAACACAUUGAACCACGACGACCCCUAUACUGUCUUGUUCAAACUCUGAACUUAUUGUGAUAAUGUGUGAUGGCAUGCGGUGUCUUCGUGCAAGACCGGUCUC